GCCGGCCACUCGACUCGAAUCAUUCGCAAGCAAAUAUGUGAAGGACAACGACGUGUGUGGACCGACAGAUCGACUAGAGCCAGAACCCUCUUCGAACUGCAUAAUAUAGAAUAUUAUAGAAUCGAAUCGAAUUGAAUCGAAUUGAAUCGACCGAGUGUUGUCCCCCGUCGUCGACUGUGGAGUGCGUGAACGAAUUUCGAAGCGUGAGGGAAUUGCAUUGAGUUAGCGCAGAAAUGGCCGACGAAGCACAAGCACCACCUGCUGAGGGCGCCCCACCAGCCGAGGGCGCUCCACCCGCCGAGGGCGAGGCUCCACCACCAGCUGAGGGCGAGGCCGCACCACCGGCCGAGGGCGAGGCACCGCCAGCCGAACCCGCCGAGCCUGCUGAGCCCAUCAAGCACAGCUAUACCCUGUUCUACUUCAACGUGAAGGCUCUGGCCGAACCACUUCGCUAUCUGUUCGCCUAUGGCGCCUUGGAGUACGAGGAUGUGCGCGUCACACGCGACGAAUGGCCAGCCCUCAAGCCGACCAUGCCCAUGGGCCAGAUGCCCGUGCUGGAGGUGGAUGGAAAGCGUGUGCACCAGAGCAUCUCAAUGGCCCGAUUCUUGGCCAAGACCGUGGGCCUGUGCGGUGCCACUCCCUGGGAGGAUCUGCAGAUCGACAUUGUUGUUGACACCAUCAACGACUUCCGUCUAAAAAUUGCAGUCGUCUCGUACGAGCCGGAGGACGAGAUCAAGGAGAAGAAGUUGGUCACCCUGAAUGCCGAGGUCAUUCCAUUCUAUCUGGAGAAGUUGGAGCAGACCGUCAAGGACAACGACGGCCACUUGGCCUUGGCCAAGUUGACUUGGGCCGAUGUCUACUUUGCCGGCAUCACCGACUACAUGAACUACAUGGUGAAGCGCGAUCUGCUGGAGCCGUAUCCGGCUCUGCGUGGCGUGGUCGAUGCCAUCAAUGCCCUGGAGCCGAUCAAGGCUUGGAUUGAGAAGCGUCCCGUCACCGAGGUCUAAGCCUGGCCCCAACGAUGUUCGGAGGAAGGAAAAACAUUGCACAACAACAACACACACAAACACACACACACACACACACAUUUUUGCACAUAUUUGCACAGAUUUUGUUCCUUUUUGGCUUAGGAUGGGAUCGAAUGGGAUCCGCUGAGCAGGCGGUACUUCGCACGGGGUUACGUUUCGUUGAGCCGCAGUUCUUUUUGGCACAUGGCCCUACGGAUAACUCGUAAUUGCUUAAUUUUUUCUGUUAUAAUUCUCUUUGCAUGACGCUAUAUCUAUAUCUAUUUGGAUCCUCCCACGGAUCGACUUUCGUUCGCUUAAUCAUAAUGAAAAUGAUAAUACUUAUUGCACAGUCUAUAAUAUUUCUGCUUACCUUCUAGGACAUACGCAUCCAGACAAGCGCCUACUCUAAGACUAUUUCUAGAAUCUAUAACGUGAACUUAUCUUUUAGACCUAUUCUACUCUACUCUAUUCUAUUGUAUGCUAUCUAACCGCGAACAGCUCACAGGCCAAUUGAAAA